AUGGACAACAGACCUGCCUCGGAGUACGCGCAGUCAGCUGCAGACCAGGCUUCUGCUGCUGCCACUGCUCAAUACACCCCUCAGCCGGAGGUUCGCCCUAACCCUCAGUAUACCCCUCAGCCUGAGGUGCGCCCCGCCACCAAUAUUUCGGCCUCCAACACGCCGCAGUCCGACUACGGUCUGAACCCCCCGCCAGCCGCGCGCUCUCCAGCUUAUCCCGAGUACCUGGCCCGCCCGCCUCAUUACCAUCACGCUCCCAACACUCAGGCCGGUGGCGCGGCAGGUAUGGCUCAAGCAACAAGUCCGUCCAUGACCACUCUCCAUGAUGGGCAGCACAAUGACCAUCGCAAUCAUCACACGAACGUUAAGUCUGACGCGGACGUUCCUAUAGAUCCCUCAAUUGCGGCCUCCAGCCCCACCUAUCCUCCUCCCUACUCGCCUUACCAGCCCCAGGGUCAUGAUAUGGCCCAGUACCAGGGUCAUCCCCCUCCGCCGCCUCCUCAGAUGUAUACGCGUCCAGAAUGGUCGCAUGGGUAUGGACAACACCAACACGGUCUGCCAGGACCUUAUAGCACUCCUGCCACAACGGUUGGUCCCGCCUCCCCUGCUGCAACCGCAGGGCCGCGCCCUGGUCAGGUUUAUUCAUUUGUUCCUAUCCCUGGUGCGCAACAGCACAAGAGACCACGGCGCCGUUAUGAAGAGAUUGAGCGUAUGUAUAAGUGUGGAUGGAAUGGUUGUGAGAAGGCUUACGGUACCCUCAACCAUUUGAACGCCCACGUAACAAUGCAGUCUCACGGAGCCAAGCGUACUCCAGAAGAAUUUAAGGAAAUCCGCAAGGAAUGGAAGGCCCGCAAGAAGGAGGAAGAGGCCCAGCGCAAGGCGGCCGAAGAGCGAGAGCGUGCUGCCGCUGCUCAGGCGGCGCAAGCGAACCAAGUUGAUGCUCCUAAUCCCGCUGAUCCCCAGGGUGCUCAACCUCCCACCUACCCUGGUGGUGUCCGACCUCAGUUGCCCCCGAUUGGAUACCAGCCGGCUGAUGGUCAAGUGCCUGGUCAAUACGGUGCUCCCGGUGGCGGCAUGGUCUAUCAGGGCAACGGACAAAUGGCAUACCCUCCCAACUAUCCUCACUCCCCAUACGGGCAGAGCGGCCAAGUGUACCAGCAACGUAAGUAG